GAUCAAUUCCAUUUCCCAAUCUCCCCCUCCCUCUCUCUCUCUCUAAAGAGAGAGAGUCUAGAGAGAGAGAGAGAGAAACAGAAACACACCAAUCAGAGUGUUUGCCUCAGUAUUCAGAAACCUGCAUAGUUGCAUGUAACACUUAUCUUUCUCUUAUCUCUUCUGCUCUAACAAAAGCCCAUACACUACAACACACAAUACACUGUACCAAAUGCACUAUUCUCUAUAAAUAGGAUACACUGUACCAACACACACACACACACACACACACACAUCUCUUCUCACAUUCCAAACCUUGUAAUUUAACUUCCUAAACUCUUUCCCUUCCAUUAAAAAAAGUUGACCAUGGGCGAACCAAACAUCAAACCAGAAGAAGAAAACAACAACAACACACCAAAAUACUUCCCAUGUAUGUACUGUUCUAGAAAGUUCCACAGCUCACAAGCAUUAGGCGGCCACCAGAACGCCCACAAGAAAGAGAGGAGCGCCGCCGGAAAGAAGCGAAGGUCUUAUUCCUCCACCGAUCAUUACAUCACUCCAAUCCCACAGCCGCCGCCGCAUCAGUCAAUGGUGUUUUCUUCCCCGAGCUACCCUUUCGGCAUAUUCCACCCCUCCGCGUACAUAAACCCUCACGGCGGCAGCCUCUGCCAGCUCCAGAGCCGGCCGAUGGUGGUCGAUCCGUUCGGAUCGAACGGCGCGCCGAGGUUCGAGAAUGUUGUGCUGUACGGUGGGGGUUUCAUGGGGGAGCAUCAGAUGUACCAAGAGAGUGCGGAGCACGUGGUUCAUGAGAAGAGAUCCACUUUUUGGGACAGGAGUGUAAUUAGUUGCAAUGAGUAUGGGCAGGAUUGUCCGAAGAGCGGCGGCCCUGGCCGUGGGGAUUAUAGGGAUCAAAAGCUUGACUUGUCUCUUCAUUUGUAGAGAGAGAAACAAGUACGAGGUUUCAGUUUUGAGUAUGUUUUGGGAGAGUUUUUUUUUUUUUUUUCAAUGAUUUUAUUAGAGUAUAAUUAUAUUCUUUAUAAUAAACAAAUCUU